AUGACAUACGACUUCAACGCCGGCGGUGGAGAAGCCGCAUUGCUAGAGCAGUUUGCUUUCGACCACCAGCGGGACCGCUGCCCGUAUUCCACCGUGGCCUCGACGUCCCCUUCGCAGAGCAAUAUCUCGUCCACCUCCACCGCGCUCACCACCAUGUCGCAAGCCAGCCGCCAAAGCCUGAGUCCCGGGACAACAUGGCUGCCUCUCGAUUUGUCAGGAGGAGUUGGAGCCCCCAUCUCAAUCCACUCACCCAAUACCGCCAGUGCGGGUGCUUCGUCUCCAGAAGACUUCCAGAACGACCAGUCUCCGGCUCAUUUGAGUUCGGCCUCAAGUCCUUCCCAGCGGCAGCAUCCGUCGCCGUUCGAGACGGCUGCUCACCCCAAUCAAACAUCUCUUUUGGCCGACUGGACCCUCCACCAGCAGUCCCAACCGCAGACUGUCGGGGACCUCUCCCAAUUUAUCCAGGAUCCUUCCUUGGUUGGCUUCGUCCCCUUUGGCUCCAACUACCAACCCACGCCGCUUGACUACCUUCCGGCAACCACCCAGGCUGCUCUCCAGGCAGGCCUCCACAUGGACCCCACGUUCAACACCAUGUCUCCCGUUGACGACACGUCCCAGGCGAUGCAGUGGGGCAGCAUGGGGGGCAGCAUGGGUAUGGUGAAUUGGCAUGACUUCGAAACGGCAAUGAAUUUCCAGUGUGACGGGCUUCCCCGAAUGGGGAGCCUUGGAAGCAAUUCCCCAAACAGCACAUAUGUCGAGGUUGUGUCCCUGGGCUCCGGCAGCGAGAGUGGGUGGAACACGGUUGAUGUCUAUCAAAACUUCGACUCGUAUCAGCAACAGGCACAACAACCACAAAGUACCGCCAUCUUCAAUCCCAGCCAGACCCUCCACCUGAGAACCAACUCGGAUUCGUCCCAAUCUGACGGAAACUCUCUCGAGUUUGGCAGCUACGAGGAGGUUACCUUCCCCUACUCGCCCUUCUCGCCAGACUCGGACACGAUCGACCCCACGGGCAACCACCGCAAUUGUUUCCCCACUGAGAAUCACCAUCACUCGCACGAAAUCAGUCCUGCCGCGGCUGUUGCUCCGAUGCCCAUCAAGGCUGCGGCACCCUCGAGCAGACCGGCACCUGCUAGCGGGUCGGGUUCGACGUCGCCGCCGACAAGGAGGAACUCGGGUCCCCGGAAGAGCCCCAUUGCCAAGGCUACAAAGCCCGUCAUCCGGAGAACGUCGACUGGCAAGAAAGACGGAACUGGCGAGAAGAAGGUCGGCAGGCGUCGGGGCCCAUUGCUCCCGGAGCAACGCAAGCAGGCAAGUGAGAUUAGAAAACUGCGGGCCUGCCUUCGGUGCAAGUUCCUCAAGAAGACUUGCGACAAGGGCGAGCCUUGUGCUGGCUGCCAGCCAUCGCACGCUCGCUUGUGGCAGGUUCCUUGCACUCGUAUCGAUAUCAAGGAUAUCGGGUACUUCAUGAAGGACUGGAAGGUCGACUACGAGCGCCACCUUGACCGAGGCAUGUCUGUCUACAAUGUUAAGGGCUUUGAGAAGAAGGAGACCUUGAUGUGGAUCACUCACGGCUAUGGUUUCUGUCUCCCGGUCAUGGUCCGAGAGGUUCAUGUCGCCGACGAGAGCUGCUUCCAGGUCGACUGGGUUGAAUCACACCUGACAGACCAAGAGCCAAUCGACUUUGAGAUCCGCACCGAGAGGCUGGACGUCGGGCAGGCCGGUAUCUCGAUGGAAGCCCUGUCAGAGUACCUCGACAAGCACAUCGACGGUCCGUUCGAAACCUUCAUUGACGACCACUUCGAAGGCACUCCCUUCGUCACCGAGAUCCUCAAGACCGCACACCGCUUCUAUGUCAAGGAGAAACUUCCUGUCAUCCGAAAGGCCCUCAAGCUUGUCCUUGCCUACAACCUCACUCUGCAUAUCACCAUGGUCGAGCAACCGGGAUCCGAGCAGAACAUGGAUGGGCAGAUUGAUGAUGAAGACUCCAAGUACCACGGCAAGGUUGUGGCUCCCGUCAUGAUCAACUUCCAAAUCAAGUGCGCCAUGGCGGAUAUGUGGCGCGAGCUCCAGAAGGACAUCUUGGAGGAGCUUUCUGCUCUCUACUCAAGCGUCUACAGCGGAGACAGGCUCAAGAAUUGGCCCACCAUCUUCAUGCUCGCGUCCAUCCUCCUCGCGGUCUGGGAGGAGAUGCAAUUCGACUGCCACUACCGCGUCCCGAAUACCGAUGCCGUCGACAAGUUCUGCCAUGACAUGGAGUCCACGCCUGUUGGCGUCAUCGUCGGCCUGUUCCACGCAAUUUCUCAGAAGCUCCCAGCCUUUACGGAGUGGGAUACCCGGAGACACGGCCAGCUCCUAAACAACAACGUUGCUGUCUGCGAGGCCAUGACGGAAGUGAGACAACACGUCCUCAAGCACGAGUCCUAUCUCAGGACAAGGCAAGAAACCAAGUUUGAUCGAUACGACUUUGACUCGUUAUCGAACAAGUUCCUGUCCAAGUUGGUGAUCCGCGCCAACUAG